AUGUCAACUGAGAGAAUUGUUGUUGACAUUUGUUUCUAUGCCGCUAGUAAUUACCUCAGUAUCUCGGUGUAUAUUAUGUGUGAGCUCUUGUCAUGGGAAGCAGGCAAUCAUGAUGAAAAGAUCUGGCUAAAUAUCUAUGAAAAGAUUGUCAUUUUGGACAGAGGCAGUGGGAGGAGCAGCAGUGGCCAGGCAGCCCAGCUUCACAGAGGCUCUCAGCAUCUCAUGUCUUGCAGGCACCCAGCAAGCACGCUCCCUCCCACUAAGGUGCCCAAGAGGAUGGUCAGCUCAGCAGAAGAGGUGGUGAAGGAAGAGCCCAAGAGGACAUCAGCGUGGUUGUCUGUUAAACCUGCUGCUGCAAAAGUGGAAAUGAAGCCAAAAAAGAAAACAGGAGACAAUAAAUCUUCAGACAAAAAAGUACAAACAAAAGGGAAAAAAAACGGUGCAAAGGGAAAACAGGGUGACAUGGCAAACCAAGAAACUAAAGAUCAACCUGCAGAAAAUGGUGACCUGAAAACCGAGGAGAGCCCAGCCUUUGAUGAAAUCAGAGAGAAAGAAGCCAAGUCUCAUUAA